AAUGCUGUUUUUUUCUGAGGUUGUGUUAAGUGCCUUUCUGAAUGCGGAAAGUUUAUCUAGACAAGCGACGCUGAACUCCCUGCUGGGUCUGGAGAAAGGAUCUUCCGGUACCUUUUCCACCCACCGCUCCAAGUAUGACUCCAGCAUCGCGCCAGAUUUCGAACUAGACGUUCCUACUGAAGUCUAUGUCAGAAUCCUGAUACAGAACAUUUACUCCGUCACCGAGACCUCCAUGGAGUACUCUAUGGACAUCUUCCUGCGUCAGAAGUGGGAGGACAAGCGGCUGGAGUACGGGAACACCUCCGAGUUGCCCUGGCUCGAACUGGACAACAAGAUGAUGAGUAGAGUCUGGAUACCAGACACUUUCUUCCCGAAUGAAAAGAAGGCGAGAGUUCACGACGUGACAGUGCCAAACAAGAUGAUGCAUCUUUACAAGAACGGCACCGUGCUCUAUAGCACCAGGUUGUCUCUGACACUGAGUUGUUCUAUGCAGUUACAUAAAUACCCCAUGGAUGUCCAGACCUGUCCCAUUGUCCUGGCUAGCUACGGGUACACAACAGAGAACGUAAUUUACCGCUGGGACGGGCCUCACCCUGUGCGCCUAAAUCACGUGGAAAUGCCACAGUUUGGCGCUGAAGUAGCUGACAACACAUUCAGCGAGUCUUGCCUGGAAAACUAUGGAGAAAGUAAUCAGAGCUGUUCAUUCGCGUGUAUCCAGGGCUUCGUCCAGCUGAACCGAAAGGUGGGUUAUUAUAUCGUCCAGGUGUUCGUGCCCUCAAUGUUGAUCGUGGUGCUCUCUUGGGUCUCCUUCUGGGUGGACCACGACGCUGUCCCCGCCCGCAUCUCACUUGGCGUCCUAACUGUCCUCACCAUGACGACUCAGAGUUCCGGCGCGCGCCAGUCGCUCCCGCAGGUCUCAUAUGUGAAGGCUAUAGACGUAUGGAUGUUUACCUGUCUGAUAUUUGUCUUCGUGGCGCUGAUCGAAUACUCGUACGUUAACGUGGUGGCUCGUGGCGCACAGAAGGGGAACUCACAUGCACGGGAUAGACCCAUAGAACUACAACCAUUGACAAAAGAACGCCAAGACAGCAAUACAGAAAAUGCUAAGCACGGCGGCCCAUCUGGAAAGAGCGUCGGUAACAUUGCUGCCAGGAGGGUGGAUAAACUCUCUCGCUUUCUCUUUCCGGCGGCCUUCGUCGUGUUUAACCUCGUGUUCUGGAUCUACUACUCACUUGUUCCCCAUCCUACCAGUAGCAGUUGAGGCCCGUCCAAAGAAUCAUGUAUAACCUCGUAACAUAAUCAUAACUGGGCUCAUGGUCCCGAGUGCUCGUACCUAUUUUCAUCGGAGCUCAAGAUCUCCACCGAGUGACUUUAGGUUCCGAGCUAAAAAUACCGGCCGGUAUUCAUAAAACAUUGUGAGUCAUUUCUUGUUUUAAGGCGAAAAAAUACCACAAUAUAAAUUUAAUUAAAACAAUAAGUGAUCUUCGAAAACAAAUAGUUAAUUCAAUAGAAUCAAUGACAAUCAAGUAUUUCAGAUUGUAUAAGGUUAUUAUACCAAAUGACCAAGGAUAAACCUCGGUUAGGAAAAUGACUUAAGUUAGAAAAUGACUUAAGAUGUUUUAUGAAUACUGACCCUGGAUGAAAGGUUUAGCUAUUGCUGGUAUAUUGGGAGUUUGUGUGUUCUUAUGAUACAUUUUCUCCCACAUGAUUAAGUCCAUGGAACAAUGAAAGGACUUUUCGUGCUUUCUGUAAUUAGACGGAAUUGUAUUGCUGUUUCAUGUACGUACGUGUAUUGUCUAGUGUGUUGCGUAGUUUUUAAGCAUGCUCAUCCAAAUCUGCAAAACAUGUGUCUGUAUCAAACAAAAUUUAAUGUAAGUUUUUGAAUAUUUAUUUUGGAAGCAUGGACACAAUUUUCCCGAAUGUAUACGUGGCAUACAUUGAACUUUGUCAUCGAAAUGGAUUAUUUUACUUGUAUUAAUUGUUUGUGGUAGUAUUUGUUUAAAAAAAAAUCAAAUCACUUAUUCAAUCAUUUUUUCAUCAAAGAGCAGAUCAAUUUAAUCAAUUGAACAAGAAAUGCAAUGUAUUAAAUGUUAUAAUACAUACAAAACAUCGAUCGGGUAAGAGGUCUUUCUGCAAAAGGUUUCUCGGAAAGAAAGACCUGUGCCCGGGAUUCAUGUGCCAUCGAGAGUCGUGCAUAGGUCUUUGCUACGCAGAAAGGAAGAUGGACGAGGUUGACAUCCGACUUAACACAUCACAAACUGUUUGUAAAUCUGUACACGUCUUACGAAAUGUUGGGAAAAAUAAACUAUUACGGUAUGAGGUUUUAUUUAAAAAAAAUCUUCACUCUGUUAGAAUGUG